ACAGCCUCGCGCGCUCACGCUGAGGGUCUGAAGGACGCGACCUGCAUGUCCCUGGAACCAUUUGACCAUUUGUCUUUCAUUUUUAAUUUUUGUUGUUUUAGAAACGAGAACGAUAGGAACUACUACGGAGCUUUAGGUUAGGGAACGAAGCCUAUUGUACAUAUGUAAGACUGAGGCGCGUCCGGUUGAAAUCAUAAUUAUUAAUUUGGGUAUUACGCAAACGCAGUCUCUGAGAAACGUAAUCUGGUUAAGUUGACAAAUUGUCUACUGGCGAGCAAGCAGAGGCAGAUUAAAAACAAAAAACAAAACGAAAAUCAUCUAAUUUUUUGUAUUAAUCAGUAGUUGCGCCAAUUGCUGGAGAAGUCGACCGCGCUCAUCUGCGAUCAGACCGUUCAGUUGUGAUCGGUAAUCAGCCACAACUUUGAGCUGGGUUUGUGAAACUCAAAUGAACAGAUGCGUGAAGACAGACCGUGUGUUUCAGGACCAGAGCUGCUGGACAGCGCAUGUGGACAGUUUCCUGCAUCUUUCAUCCCCGAAGAGGAAACCUGCUUUUUCCGUGAAUAAAAGGACGAUUGUUUCAAGCCACGGUUUGUUUUGAAAUCAGAUAACGCAGGCAAUGAAAACAGAGGAAAGUCCUGCAUGCUGAAAUAUAGGAUAAGAUGUCUGCACUCCGUAAGAAAUUUGGAAAUGACUAUCAGGUAGUGACAACUACCUCCUCCAGCCAUCUGAAGGACAAGAGGAGGAAACGACAACGAUUUGUGGAUAAGAACGGACGAUGUAACGUCCAACACGGAAACUUGGGUGGAGAGACCAGCAGAUAUCUCUCUGACUUAUUCACAACUUUGGUAGACCUCAAAUGGAGGUGGAACCUUUUCAUCUUCAUCCUCACGUACACAGUGGCCUGGUUAUUCAUGGCGUUUAUGUGGUGGGUCAUUGCAUAUAUCAGAGGCGACCUAAACCGAACCCAUGAUGAGAAGUACACGCCAUGCGUGGCCAACGUGUAUAACUUUCCCUCUGCCUUCCUCUUUUUUAUUGAGACGGAGGCCACUAUAGGAUAUGGCCACAGAUACAUCACAGAUAAAUGUCCAGAAGGAAUCAUUCUUUUUUUAUUUCAGUCCAUCCUAGGCUCCAUAGUGGAUGCCUUUUUAAUAGGCUGUAUGUUCAUAAAGAUGUCUCAACCCAAGAAGAGGGCAGAAACUCUAAUGUUCAGUGAAAAUGCAGCCAUUUCCAUGCGUGACGGCAAACUCACGCUGAUGUUCAGAGUGGGAAACCUGCGCAACAGCCACAUGGUUUCAGCCCAAAUCCGAUGUAAAUUACUCAAGUCCCGUCAGACGCCUGAGGGCGAGUUCCUCCCCCUGGAUCAGCUGGAGCUGGAUGUUGGCUUCAGCACUGGAGCGGACCAGCUCUUUCUUGUGUCGCCACUCACAAUCUGCCAUGUGAUUGACACUAAGAGCCCCUUCUAUGAACUUUCACAACACUCCAUGCAGACAGAACAGUUCGAAAUUGUCGUGAUUUUGGAGGGUAUUGUUGAAACAACUGGCAUGACUUGUCAAGCGCGGACAUCAUACACAGAGGACGAGGUGCUUUGGGGCCACAGAUUCUUCCCAGUCAUCUCUCUGGAGGAGGGCUUCUUUAAAGUGGAUUAUUCUCAGUUCCAUGCCACAUUUGAAGUUCCCACACCUCCCUACAGUGCAAAGGAACAGGACGAGGCAUUACUCAUGUCCUCACCACUCAUGGCCCCAUCUCUGUGCAACAGUGGAGAAAAGAACAGCUCCCUUGACUGCCUAGAACUACUGGAAGAUCCAGAGAGCACCACCAAAUUACCAGCCAAAGUUCAGAAGAUGACAGGUAGAGAUGGGCUUCCCAGAAAGCUCCUUAGAAUGAGCUCCACCACAUCAGAGAUGACAUACAGCCUUGGCGAACUGCCUAUAAAGCUCCAGCGCAUCAGUUCAGUGCCUGGGGUCUCAGAGGAAAUGCAGGUUACCAAGACGACUAGGAUUUCCAGCGAGGCCAUCAGCAAAUCAGUUGCCGACUUGCCACCGAAACUACAGAGACUGUCUGGAGGAGGAGGCCGCAUGGAUGGACACCUGCCGCCCAAACUCCGAAAGAUGAACUCUGAUCGCUUCACAUAAACAUAUUAAUGAUUCACACAGACUUAUUAUACACAUUAGUACUAAUGAAGUAGGCUAACUUGAACAUGUGUUCCUUUGGUUGACUGGUUUGGAUGACACCCACUGUUGCAUGGUAAAAUAUCCCUCUCCCUCUAAUAGCAUGACCUGCUGUACAUAUUUAUUUGCCACGGAAAUGGUAGCAAGUAUUUUUUUCCAAGCCAUAUGAUGGACAGUUGCUCCUAUGUGACUAAUUAGACAUUGUUCAUUUUACACAGUUAUGUUGAUUAACGUAAUAUUUGUUUCACUGAGCUUAUGUUACAGUGCAUGUUUAACACAUUAGACAUAAAUAAUAAUAAUUAGAUGAUUAUUUCAAAUAGGAAAAACAGCUGAUGAACAUACUGAUAAGUUUUUAAUGGCUGUUAUUUUUAGUGAAAAUGUCAGAAAAUGGUGACACAGUGGUUCAGUGGUUAGCAAUGUCCCCUCACAGCAAGAAGGUUGCUGGUUCAAGUCGCAGCUGCGUCCGUUCUGAGUGGAGUUUGCAUGUUCUCUCCGUGUUCGUGAGGGUUUCCACGAAAGGGUUUCCAAAGACAUGCAUUACAGGUGAAUUGAAUAACCUAAAUUGGUCGUAGUAUACUGUAUGUGUCUGAAUAAGUGUGGAUGGAUAUUUCCCAGUACUAGGUUGCAGCUGGAAGGGCAUCCACUGUGUAAAACUUAUGCUGGAUAAGUUGACUACAUUCCGCUGUGGCAACCCUAGAUGAAUAAAGGGAUUAACCUGAAGGAAAAUGAAAUGAAAUGUCACAAAAGAAAAAAAAAGGUACAUUAGUUUGGUUAAAAGCUGCUAUUUGUCACAUCAUUCUGAAGAGUUCACCCAAAAAGUUACUUAUAUUUUUUUUCUCAAGUGGUUUGAAAGUGAUCUUAAUUUCAUUUUAGCAACACAGGAAUGUUUGCAGUAAUUCUAAGCUGCACCUCCUAACACUAGAACCGCCAGAGGUCGUUGUAUACCUAAAAUUGUGGAUGCGCAAAUUUUACCCAUGCAUGAAUUCUGUUUAGAAACAAUUAUUUUACUGUGUUAUGCUAAUGUGUUAGCAAAGAUGUGUAUGGAAUCAUGAAAAGUAAUCAACAAUAUUUUUAGGUAUUUUAUGCAGCCUACACUUUUACUUGCAGAAUGGUAAGCUUUAAGCUAAACAAGUCUGCCCUGACAAAGAGAGUUAGUAGUAAAUACAUGUUUGGAUGGUGUAAUAUUAUACACUACCUGACAAAAGUCAUUGAUUCCAGUUGUAAGAGCAACUAAUAAUAACUUGACUUCUAGUUGAUCAUUUGGAAAAGUGGCAGAAGGUGGAUGUUUCUGUUGAAUCAUCUGUGGAACUGCAUCCCAAUCAUCACAAAUACUGCAGAAGACCUAUUGGAACCCGCAUGGACCCAAGAAGUUUGGUGAAGGAAAAAAAAAUCAUGGUUUGGGUUUACAUUCAGUAUGGGUGUGUGCAAAAGAUCUGCAAAGUGAAUGGCAACAUCAGCAGUGCUGCCCAUUACAUUACCAACCACAGGAGAGGGCUCCUUCUCAUACUUCAGCCUCCAUAUCAAAGUUCCUGAAGGUCAAGGUGCUCCAGGAUUGGCCAGCCCAGUCACCAGACAUGAACAUGGUUGAGCUUGUCUGGGGUAAGAUGAAGGAGACAUUGAAGAUGACUCCAAAGAAUCUUGAUGAACUCUGGGAGUCCUGCAAGAACACUUUCUUUGCCAUUCCAGAUGACUUUAUUAAGUGAUUUGAGUCAGUGCAGAGAUGUAUGAAUGCAGUCCUCCAAGUUCACAGGAGUCAUACACAAUAUUCAUUCUUUUUCCACUGCACCGUGACUUUAUAUUCUAUACUGUACAUUAUUUCUGUUAAGUGACAAGACUUUUGUUUAAGCAAAGUCAGACCUUACUGUCCUAAUUAAAUAAUUAAUAAUUAAGGCAUGAUCAUAUUUUAUUUUGGUAUAGAGAAAUCUACAGGCCUUUGCCUUUCAUAAGCCACUUCUGAUACCAAAUGAUUAUGUAACACGAGGAGUGACACAGACAACUUAAGUUUGGAUCCACUUGCAGGUUUAUUCGAAGUCAGGCAAGCAAGGGUCAACACAGGUGCAAACAGAUGUAUAAAGGCGAUCCAGAAUCGUAGUCACUAUAACAGGCGAGAGGUCGGAAGGCAGGCGGCAGACAGGGAGAACUGGAUAAACAAGGCGAGGUAAAUACACGGGCAAACAAGACUAGGAAACGCGUUGAAUUGUCACUGUAACAGAAAACAAGACUCAGCGAAUGAAAUGAGUGUGUGCGCUGCUAAAGUAGUUUGUGUAAUCAGUCCAGUAGCAGCAUCAGCUGUGGGAGUCUAAUCAGUGGAGACUUGGAGCAGGUGUGUGUGUGUGUGGCAUGAUUGAAUAUGUAGUCCAUAAGUUGUAGUCCAAAUGUGUUAGUGUGUGAGAUCCAACGAUCUUGGGAGUAUGAUCGCUGGUGAUCGUGACAGAUUAACUAGAAGUCAAGUUAUUAUUUGUUGUUUCUAACACUUGCAUAGGCGACAAGACUUUGUCAGGUAGUGUGAUAGGGGUUGUUAAUUAUAUAUUAAUAAAACCAGCAAUAGCCUAUAGACCAGUGUUUCCCAACCCUGUUCCUGAAGGCACACCAACAGUACACAUUUUCAACCUCUCCCUAAUCAAACACACCUGAAUCAACUUAUCAUAACAUCAGAAGAGACUCCAACACCGAAGUUAAUGGGUCAGAAAAGGCAGACAUCCAAAAUAUGUACUGUUGGUGUGUCUCCAGGAACAGGGUUGGGAAACACUGCUAUAGACAAUAAUGAAUCAUAAAUUACCACUAAUUAUGAUAUAUAAUCAAUGCCAAAUUCAAGGGCAAAACUUAACCUUAAUAAUUAUUCAUUUGUUUAGUUUCAUAACUUAUAGUUUAAAUAAUAGAACGACAUUAAUAAAGUUGGAACAUUCAUGAGAGGGAUAACAUGUCUAAACUCAAUCAUGAAGUGUGUCUCGGAGGCUCUGGAUCAGAUGUCAGAUGAGACAUCAUAAACUGAGGUCACCCAGAUCACAUCCCUUAUUUUCCUGCCAGACUCUCAAUCAUUCUUGCAUUUUUGUGCUUCUAAUACCUCUACAAAUUUAAUUAUUUACUUGUUAUGACUUUAUGACAACCAUUAAUUCAGUGUGCUUGCCUAAUUCAGCCAUCGCCUAAACAAAAUUAAAUGAUAAGCAGCGCCCAAUAAAGGCAUUAUAUAGCAGUGUAUUUGUUCCAUGCUAGCUCUUAGAUGCCCUUUUUUUUGUCUGCCAGUUUUUAACAUUAGGAAACUGUAAAUGAGAUAAUAUUAGUAAAAGUCAAUGAGUGGGAGGCUUGACAGUUUUAUUGAAGCUCUGUUUUGUAUAUUUGAAAAAAAGAAAACAGCAAUGGUUAAAAUUUACCCCAUGGCGGUUCUAGUCUUAAUGGAAUCAGUGCAGAUGGUAAACAGGGGCUGUUAAACAUAAAUCACAAUAACAAAAGAAUGUAUCAGAUAUUGCAAGCUGAUU